GUUUUCGUUGGUUUCGUUCAGAGCAGCAUUAACCCUCGACGGCGACGCUCGUUUUUCGGUUGUUCGGCUCCUGAAAUCGAAAUUGUAAUUUCGCACAGCGUAUACAUUAGAUUUUUCCUCCUUUACGUGUCGCGCGUGUGCUAUUCUUGUUAUUGUCCCGUCGUCGCCUUUUUUUUCGGGUGUAUACUUAACAAAAUCGUUACAAAUAACCGUUUUUUUUUUACAUGUGUUACUGUUAUUACUGCUUGGUACUUAAAAGCACAAAAGUCAAAGCAAAUAAAGCACGUUAAAGAGAACACCGAAAAAAGAAUAACAAUAACAAAUACAAAUACAAAUACAAGUAAGCUAGCUUGUUGUUGGUGUCGCGCAGCAUGUGGAGUUACAGUUAACUGUAACAGUUAACGGGCAGCAAAGCGGCAGGCGGAGAAAGAGGUGUGUAGGAGCAGUGGGAGAAGCACAAGGAGCAACAGAAGCGAAAAGAGAGGUAGAGAGAGUAGGAUUUACUGCUUCUUCGCUUCACUAAAUGCAGUCGACGCUGCGAUUAUUAUGUGCCAGCUCCAAUAACAACAAACGCAGCAGCAGCAAAAAACCGCCGCAGCAGCAGCAACGACAACAACAACAACAGCACCACCACUUGAUACGAAAAUAAACAAACAAAAUCAAUCAAUUAAUCAAUCUGCUGAGCACACCGCUCUCCACGCCCACACACACACGCGCAACAACACACAACAACAACACACACGAGUGCAAGUCAACGCCCACGCCCAUUGGAGAAAAAGGAGGGAGUGGCAGGACGACAACAAGCAAAGGAGUCGUAGGAGAAAGGAGGAGGCAAACCACGAGGACGAAGACAACAUGUUCCACUCACUUGUUUUGAUGGCCUGCGCCCUUGCCGCCCUCUCCGUCGCCCAGGGGGCGGGGUUCGCUCGAUCCAAAUCGCUGCCGUUAUCGCUAUCGCUAUCGGUAUCGGUAUCCUCGUCAUUGGCAUCGGCAUCCAGUCCAGGAGCUGCUGCGGACCCAACAGCCGCCGUCACCGCGACCGCCCCCACCCCCGCAAGUGCUCCAUUUGCCGGCAAACAGCUAAACAGAUGCCGUCAAAGUUGCUAUCAGCAGCUUUCCAAGGACUGGCAUUAUUGUAAGGAUUCCGUUGAUUGCACAAACUGCUGCCAAAAGCUGAUGGCACCCUUCGAGCUGCGUAUCCUGAAGGCCCAGCGCCAGGAGUCGCUCGUCCUCACGGACAUCGGCUGGGAUGAGAUGAUAGCGAAUGCCUCGCGCCAGUGCCUCAUCACCUGGGAGGUGUCCGGCGGCGGGCUCAUCGGCAAUCUGCUAACGGACACCGCCCGGGCGGAACUCUCCCUGUGGCCGGACACCGUCUACAACAUCCAGGUCAAGUGCAAGCACAAGCUCACGGGUCUGAUGCGGCGUUCGAUCAAGCUGAAUGUGGACACCAGCCAGUUGGUGGGCACGACAACGACCACCACGACGACCAGUAAAUCGAGGACCCAGAUGCAGCACGCGGAGCAGCCAGUGGACCAUGCCGAUGCCUUGGAGCACUCGCAGCACAUUCGCGUUCCACAUCCCACGGAUCGUGUGUACAUAAUCAGUGCGCUGCCCACGCCCAGCGAACUGGGCGGUGUGGUUUAUCCGGCCUUCGGGGCGCUGGCCUUCUUCCUGGCACUGCUGGUCAUGUUCCUCUUCCUGCGUCCGCAGCGCAAGCGGUUCCCUCUGGAUGCGGACAGUGCGGACACGGCCACGUUGAUAGGUCGCAGCUCGAGCAGCUCGAGGAACUCACUGGACGCCUCCACGCUGCAUGUCUAAGGCGGAGGUUGCCCGGAGAACUUGUAGUCGUAUAUAUAUAGAUGUCUGACUAUGUGAUAUUCUGCACCCCAAAAAAAAAAAAAACAAACAAUACAAAAAACAAGAACAAAUGAACAAAGGACGCGAAGAGAACUGUGUACAUACCCCUUGCCGCGUUAGUUAGUCCUUUCCUAUCCAAAAUAUUAAAUCCUGGAUUUUGAUUCGAUAUGAAAGAUCAGAUUCGGAUCGAAUCGAAUUGAGUUGGAGAAUCAAGCAAAUUUCGCUCAACUAAGUUAAGUUUUAUCCUCUGCCAUUCGUAGAUCCCAAUGCCAAACCAGCGCAGUCAUAUACAUAUACACGCAUGAUUAACAUACAUACAUAGCUCUAUAUACAUAUACCAACUAUAUUAUACAUUUAACGCAUUUACUAUAUACAUGCAUAUACAUAUAUCAUAGUUAUACAAGCAGGAGCAGCUAGAGAUCAAGAUAAAGAUAAAGAUACAGAUGCAGAUGCGUUAACGGUUACGGUUACGGAUACAAAUAUAUAUAGAUAUAUAUAUAUAUAUACUAUAUUAUUAUAUACUAUAUAUAUUAUAUUAUAUUAUAUAAUAGACUAGGGGCCAGCGGCCAACCAACUACAUACACCAAACUAAAUGCAACAAAUUGCUACAAAUUUUUUGUCAAUCGUCGUCGCUCGCUUGCAAACAUACAAACAAUAUAAAUUUGUUUUUAUCUCAGGUUAAAAACAAAUAAAUACCAAUUAAUACAAAUACAAAAUAUCAUGCAUCUCUUUUCCAUUUUUCGUCGUCUUAAAACUUAAAUGAAACAUAGUGCAUAAAAAGCUAAACGAAAAGAAAAAGGAAUUACAAAUUAACAAAAACGCAACUUAAAUCAGAAGUAAAUAUUUUUCAAAAUUUUUAAAUGUUUAUACCUAGACAAACUCAAUUGAAUUAACAACAAAGUAAACUAUUAUAAAUGACUUACUGUACUUGAGCAUGUAAAAACAAAGUAACAAAGUAACUAACUAAAGUAAACUAAACUAAACUAUGGUUAAAUGGUUAAUACGGUUAACUAAAGAUCUAAGCUGAGAAAACAUAACUUCGCUACGCAAAAUGCCUGUACAUAUUUUAGCCCUAAUUUAUUUAUAUUUAAACAAUCCAUUGUUUUGUUAACCUAUGAUUUUAAGGAUGUGGAACGUUUCCCAGGGGCAAGAAGAUGGUGUGUCUCCCAACCUGAGGGAAGUUCUACUUCAAGUUUCGAGAAAAGAGCGAACAACCUAAUCUAAUUAAUUGAGUGUUCCUGCUUUCGAUGAAACAUAAGUUUCGUAUGUUUUUAGUGUCUGCUCCAAUGGUUGUAGUAUCAAUUAGUGAAUUUCGAUUAAAUCAAAAAAGAAAAUUAGAAAGGCGCAACCAAUCUUCUUUCCCCCAAAUGGAAUCUCCGGAGUGAUGAGAACCUUGUGUAGUGUGAACCCAUUGCCAUAUACAAUGCAGUCCUAGUUUAAUUUUAGUUAGUUUAGUUAAGCGAUCCAAAUGUGUUACCUUUUAUUUUAUUUUUUUUUUUGUGUGGCAGAGACUUGUUAAGACUAAAUACGAAAUAUGCCAAUCACAUUUUAGAUAUAUACAUAUUUAUAUAUAUACUGUGUAUGAAUAAAUUCGGACGAGAAGGAUGGUAGCGGAUGUGCGGCACCCUUUCAACAUUUAUCCUUUA